UUUUAAUCUGAGGCUGCGUUUUUAUUCCACGGCUGUUAAUGCCUCAAACACCUCCUAUGCCAAACUAAAUUGAUGCAUCCAUUCCAUCAACUAAUCCCGCUCACUUGAUUUCUUCCCUUUUUGAUUUUCGUAACUGCAAAUUCCACAAUAAUCUCACUAAGUUUUUCAAAUCCAUCAUUAUUAACUUUGAUAUGAUGCUUCAAAUUCAAGUUUGGCCAAGAUUUGAAUCGAAGUCAUACUUUAUCCGUGAGCGUUCGAGCAAGCGCAGUUUUUUGCAGAGUAAUUUGAAGAAUCAACGACAAUUCCGAGCUAAAAUUCGAGAUGGAAGGUGCUAUAGUGGGGAGAUGCACUCAUCAGGGUACCACUAUAUCUAUCCCAAUUUUUUACCACACUACAUUCUCUGAAGUGUACAAUGAGGUUUGCUCAAGGCUUAGUAAUUUGACUCAUGGUUUAUUCGACCUUACAUAUGUUUUACCUGGAUAUUCUACUUGUCUAUUGCAAUCUAAUAUGGACGUGCGAAUGUUGUAUAUGUCGGUUGUCAACGAGAAAUAUUAUUGUGUUGAUAUAGUUAUCAACCAAAAGUCGUGACGUGACAAUGAUCGUGUCAGCCGAAAUACCCCUGCUUCACAAACAUUUAUAAUUGAAGGAAAUAUUCACAGCGAUGGGAAUGAGUAUUUAGGGAAAUAUGCAACACUGGGAGGCAAGGUAUAUAUGUCAAACGCUUGGAAGACCUACAUUAAUCAUGUAAAUCAAGGAUUUGAAGGCGGAGUGGAAGAAUUCAGAGACAAACUUUGUAAGUAUGCAGUUGAAAUGGGAUUCACAUUUGUGUAUGUGAAGAACGACAGGGAAAGAGUUACAGCGGUAUGUAAUAAGAAAUAUUCUGAAGGUUGUCAGUGGCGAUGCAUCAAUAUGUCAUGUUAACAAUUUCUUUUAUAUUAAGAGGUUGAAUAACGAACACACUUGCACAUGCCGCAUUCGUGAGAAAAAAAGUGGUAUGAUGAGUUCCAAAAUUGUAGCUUCUACUAUAGUUGAAAAGAUCCGGACCAGACCUCGUAUCAAACCAAUUGAUAUCGUAAUGGAUUUUAAGAGAGACUACGGUUUAGAUAUUUCCUAUUACAAUGCAUGGUAUGGGAAAGAGAUUGCAAAAACUAAAGUUCAUGGUGAUGAUUCGUUGUCAUAUCAUCAAAUGGUUUGGUACGUAGAAGCUAUCAAAAAAACAAAUCCUGGAUCUCAUUGCGAAUUGGAGUUUGACCAAGAAACCUUUCAUUUCCAGCGGAUAUUCAUUGCAUUUGGUGGUUCUAUUGAGGGUUUUAAGUUUUGUAGGCCUAUGUUGUUUUUGGAUGGUACUUUCUUGAAAGACAAAUACAAAGGAACAUUGCUUGCUGCAAUUGGUAAAAAUGGCAAUCAAGGAUUCUUCCCUCUUGCAUUUGCAUUAAUUGAUGGUGAGGACCAAAAUAAUUGGACAUGGUUUCUUAAAAAUUUGGCUAAGAUUUUGGAGCCACAACAACGCACCAUAACUUUCAUAUCUGAUCGACACAAGGGGUUGAUUCCGGCUGUGACAAAUACUUUUCCAGACUCCCCUCAUGCAUAUUGUUUGCAUCACAUCAAGCUAAACAUAUUAGAAAAGUAUCCUGCUAGUCUUGGAUCUGUUUUUCGAAAUAAAAUUGUUCAAAAGUUUAGUGAGUGUGCAUAUGCUGCCACCCCCGAGAUGUAUGAAUUGAAAAUGGCAGCAUUGGUCAAGGAAGGAGGUAAUAUAAUGCGCAAAUUUUUGAAGGAUCUCCCAAAAGAGAAUUUUUGCAAUGCAUUUUUCAAGGGUAAAAGGUACGGGGAAAUGUGGUCGAACGUUGCAGAAUCAUUUAAUGCAUGGAUUAGUAACGAACGUCUCUUACCCAUUUACCAAUUGGUGGAUGGUAUAAGAAUUAAGUUGAUGGAAAUGAAUGCUGAAAGACAUCUUGAGGCAAACAAAUGGACCACUUUCUUAUGUCCGGAAAUGGAGGCUGAGAUGGUUGCAUCUAUUGAGGUUGGGAGGCAUUGGCUUGUUAGACGGUCUAGUGAGUGUGUGUUCGAAGUGCAAACCGAUGAUACUUCGUUGAUGGUUGACUUAGAAAGUCAAAUUUGCUCAUGUCAACAAUGGCAGAUAAAAGGCUUCCCUUGCUCACAUGCACUUACUGCAAUCUUGAAAAAUGGUGCAAAUCCUUUUGAUUACACUGAGGCGUAUUUCAGCACUGAUUACUACAAGUCUUCAUAUUCAUUUCCAAUUCAACCUAUUCCUCAAGUAGAUAAGCCUCAUAUGAGUGAAGAUACAGAAUUUAUAGUGAAACCUCCUAAAACAAGGAAGCAACCUGGUAGACCAAGGAUCAAGAGAAUCAAAUCUGCUGGGGAGGAAGCAAGACCAUUAGAGUGUGGUCGAUGUCAUCAAGUGGGUCAUCACAAUCAGAGGACUUGUUCAGUUCUGAUAUAAGCUUAUGUUACUACUUCCAUUGUUAUUCAGACUUUGCAUAAUAUUUUUACAUUUAAGUUAUGCACAAUUUGAGCUUGGUGUGACAAUUUUGCUUCUAUUCUAUGUAUUCAAAUUUGGUUCGUUUUUAUUUAGAAAUUUAGAAGUUGAGCUACAGAGCAUGGGGUACAAUAUUGUUUGCAUUAGCUACAUUUUUUUCAGUUCAGAGAA